AUGGCAGCACCGUCAUCAUUCCAACCAACGGCGUCGUUCCUCGAGCUCGUCUCGACCUCGUCGCUCAACUACCGCGAGUGCGCCCUGCUGGGGAUCAUGGCGGCCAUCUCGCACGACGCGCCCGUCGCCGGCCCCGAAAUCGCGCUGGAAGAGUACAUCGCGACGGCGCUGCACUACGGGGCGACCGAGUCCGAGAUCCAGAACGUCGUCUUCCAGUCCAGCGCCAGCGUCGGGGCGGCCAGGGCCGUGGCGGUGCGGGCCCGUGUCGAGGGCGCGCUCAAGUCGCUCCGUGGCAGGCUGCAUCAUCUGGAGGAGGGGGUUCUGGUCGGUGGAGGGGCAGCAGAGCAAGGCGGAAGCCACAAGACGGUGGUGCGCGACUCGGAUCCGCAGAACACGGGUGUCGUGCCCAUCGUGCUCAUCCACGCCUUGGGCCUGGAUCGGAGGAUGUGGGAUGCUGUCUUUGCCAGCCUUGCCGCGAGCCGGGCGGGCGACAACCGUCAGUUGCGUGUCAUCUCCUACGAUAUGCGCGGGCACGGAUACGCGGCCAACGCCCCCUCCGCGCAGUCUCUCACGCAGCUCGCGGCCGACCUGCACAGUAUCCUCGAGAGACUGCACAUCCCCCGGGCGGACGUCUACGGGCAGUCCUACGGCGGGGCCGUGGCGCAGUACUUUGCGCUCAACUACCCGCAGAGCACGCGGUCGAUAGGCCUGAUCACCACAGCGGGCGAGGCGCAGCCAUCGUGGAUCACGCGGGCCACGCUCGCCGAAGAGGCCGGAGCCGUGACGCCCCUCCUCCCGCAGACGCUGACGCGGUGGUUCACCCCCGAGGCCAUCGCGCGCAACGAGUGGGGGGUGCGCUACGCGCGCUCGUGCGUCGAGAGGAUCUCGGUCGCGGACUGGGGUGACGCCUGGCGCUGCAUGAGCGGGCUGGACACCCUGGACAGCCUGCGCGCCGGCGGCGUCCGGUGUCCCGUCCUCCUGGUCUGCGGCGUGCAGGAUCUGAGCACGGGGCCUAAGUGGAUGACCAGGCUCAAGGAGGCGUGUGAGAAGGGGGCCGGUGAUGGAGGUCUGGUCGUGUACAGGGAGGUCGACCCCGGGGUGCAUAUGAUGGCGCUGGAGCAGGGCGAGGCGUUGACGAGGGAGAUAUUGGACUUUCGCCAGAGGGUCGAUGGUCAGGAGUCGUAG